CUGAGCUCACCGCUCGCCCUAGUAAUGUUAAAACUGCUGAGAGACGACACAUGCAGGGGUAGCAAAGAGGUUGAGGACAUCGGUGUUAGCUGAGACAAAAGGCUGCUGUCUGCUUGCACCCACAAGGCAUCAUCAUGAGGGAGAUUGUUCAUAUCCAGGCCGGGCAAUGUGGAAACCAGAUUGGUGCCAAAUUCUGGGAGGUCAUAAGUGACGAACACGGCAUCGACCCCACCGGAAGUUACCAAGGUGACAGUGACCUGCAGCUGGAGAGGAUAAACGUGUACUACAAUGAAGCAUCGGGUAACAAGUUUGUCCCCCGGGCCAUCCUGGUGGAUCUGGAGCCAGGCACCAUGGACUCUGUACGCUCCGGGCCCUUCGGCCAGCUCUUCAGACCAGACAACUUUGUCUUUGGUCAGAGUGGAGCUGGUAACAACUGGGCUAAAGGCCACUACACAGAGGGAGCCGAGCUGGUAGACUCUGUCCUGGACGUAGUCAGGAAGGAGUCUGAGAACUGUGACUGCCUCCAGGGCUUCCAGCUCACCCACUCCCUGGGAGGGGGCACCGGCUCUGGCAUGGGCACCCUGCUCAUCAGCAAGAUCCGCGAGGAGUACCCUGACCGCAUCAUGAACACCUUCAGUGUCAUGCCCUCACCCAAGGUGUCCGACACGGUGGUGGAGCCCUACAACGCCACCCUGUCAGUCCACCAGCUGGUGGAGAACACUGAUGAGACCUUCAGCAUCGACAAUGAGGCUCUCUAUGACAUCUGCUUUCGUACCCUCAAACUCACCACACCCACCUACGGAGACCUCAACCACUUGGUGUCGGCCACCAUGAGCGGGGUCACCACCUGCUUGCGCUUCCCUGGACAGCUCAAUGCCGACCUCCGCAAACUAGCCGUCAACAUGGUGCCCUUCCCCCGCCUCCACUUCUUCAUGCCCGGCUUUGCCCCUCUGACCAGCAGGGGGAGCCAGCAGUACCGUGCCCUCUCCGUGCCCGAGCUGACCCAGCAGAUGUUUGACGCCAAAAACAUGAUGGCCGCCUGCGACCCUCGCCACGGCCGCUACCUCACUGUUGCCGCCAUCUUCCGCGGGCGCAUGUCCAUGAAGGAGGUGGACGAGCAGAUGUUGAGCGUGCAGAACAAGAACAGCAGCUACUUCGUAGAGUGGAUCCCCAACAACGUGAAGACGGCCGUCUGCGACAUCCCGCCCCGUGGCCUCAAGAUGUCCGCCACCUUCAUCGGCAACAGCACGGCCAUCCAGGAGCUGUUCAGAAGGAUCUCUGAGCAGUUCACUGCCAUGUUCCGCCGUAAGGCCUUCCUUCACUGGUACACCGGAGAGGGUAUGGAUGAGAUGGAGUUCACUGAGGCUGAGAGCAACAUGAAUGAUCUGGUGUCUGAGUACCAGCAGUACCAGGACGCCACUGCUGACGAAGUGGGCGAGUACGAGGAAGACGAGUUGGAGGAUGCGGAUCAGGAUGUCCGCCACUGAGGGAUGCCGGGUAGAAGCAGCACAGCAGUCUGUAUGUUAUAUCCACCAGUCACUUUAAAUGAUCAAUAGGUAUGGAAGGAUGAGGCGCAGAAUGAGUUAUUGUCGCGUCAAGAUACUGUAUAUUGUAGCUGUUUAGCCUAAAGACUACUACUAUUGCAUUUCAUUGUUCUUCAAAUAUGUCUCGAAGACCAUAAGUGAAACAUAACAAUUAUGUGAGUAUUAUAAAUGUCAUUGGUUUUUCCAAUUCAUGCUGUGUCAAUGUCAAUAAAAACAACAUCGUUACACUAUCGAAACCGAGUUUUGUAACAUUUACCUCAGAAUGCAUUUUCUGUCGCAAAAUAAAAUGGUCCUGUCCUAUGAA